AUGAUGAUGAGAUGGUGAUGUUCCAGUUCAGCGCCUGGAUCGGAUGUAAAUACCAUAGCUUGACACAUUCUUUUAAAUGCGUGGAUGGUACUUGGAUAGAUUUCAACAGUCAUUGGUGGUCUAAUCACAAUACCUACGAACCGCUACGUGCAGUAAGUCUACAACAUGCAAUUUGCUUAUACACCUUUAACGGCAAAUUGAAGGAUGUUAUAUGUUCAGAGGGAUCUUAUGCUACGUAUUGUGAAGCCGAGCCUCUCCCGGACACUCAACAACAGAAGGAUCGUCGUAUGUCCAACAUCUCUAAACCAGCUACAGAUCGACAUAGUCGUGCUCUCAUUGGCUAUUGUAGCAAUGAUCACUUGGUAAAGUUGGCGCCAAUCGGAGGAAAGCCACGCUACGCUGUAGUUUGCAAAAAUAAAUGUUACUAGACCGUCAAAUUUCGUUUUUAGAGCAGAUACUGACGUCUGAGUAUAAUUUAAUUGACAUAUUCAUGUUAUACAACUAACUUCUGAUUGUAAUAAUUAGAUGCAAUGUACACGAUGUGAGGUUCUUAUCUCUG